GCUAUCUCUGUACACCUCGCGCAGACAGGUGUUUGUGCACACAAAUCGAACAGUGUUUUUUUUUUUCUUUUUUGGAUUUUGUUUUUCUUUUUUCGGUGAAAAAGGAUUCGUUUCCCUUGAACCGGAGAAGAGCAGCAGCGUGCAGAAUGCGAAUGUUUAUUGUCCCCUGCUGCCUAGCCCUGCUGGUGGCCACCGUUGCCACUGCUGAGGGCGAAGGCAGCGCGGCGGAACAGAACGUCGCCGCCUCAAACCACCCCGCGUCCGAACAGAGAAGCGUAGAAGCUGAGCCCCAGCCGAAGGAGGUCGAGAAGCGCCACGUGUCGCACGCGGACUGGAGUGCCGUGCCGGUGCACGAAGAGUCCGACGAGGCCGCCAGCAACUACCAGCCGCACUACCCGUCGGCGCAGCACCUCCAGCAGCAAUCCCAGCAGCCCCAGGUGCCGGCCUAUCACUAUCAGCCGCCGCAGCAGCAGCAACAACACCAGCAGCCGCAGUAUCACUACCAGCAGCACCAGUACCAUGCCCACCAGCAGCAUCAGCAGCAACCUCAGAUGUACCUGGUCCAGCAGCAUCAACCCCAGUACCACCAUCAACCUCAGCUGCAGCAACAACAUCAACCUCAGUACCACCAGCAGCAACCUCAACAGCAUCACCACCACGAGGAGCACAUCAAGACGGUGACGAUCGAGAAGAAGGUCCCGGUGCCGUACACCGUUGAGAAGCACGUGCCGUACACCGUGGAGAAGAAGGUUCCAUACGAGGUCAAGUACGACAUUCCGAAGCCGUACAUCGUCGAGAAGAAGGUCCCGUACACCGUGAAGGAGUACGUCAAGGUCAAGCACUACGUGCCGGAGCCCUACACCGUCUACAAGAAGGUCCCCUAUGAGGUUAAGGUCCCCGUUGACAAGCCGUACAAGGUUGAAGUUGCCGUGCCAAAGCCAUACAUCGUCGAGAAGAAGGUCCCGUACGAAGUGAAGGUGCCCGUGCCAGUGCCGUACACUGUUGAGAAGAAGGUUCCAUAUGAGGUCAAGUACGAGGUGGCUGUGCCGAAGCCAUACACUGUCUACAAGAAGGUCCCAUUCGAGGUUAAGGUCCCCGUCGACAAGCCCUACAAGGUCGAGGUCGCCAAGCCCUACCCUGUGGAGGUCAAGAAGCCUUACCCAGUCGUGGUCGAGAAGAAGGUGCCGUACGAGGUGAAGGUCCCUGUCGAUAAGCCGUACAACGUGGAGGUGCCCCGCCCGUACAAGGUCGAAGUUAAGGUCCCGGUGCCGUCGCCGUACACCGUCGAGAAGAAGGUCCCUUACACCGUGGAAAAGGCCGUGCCGUACACGGUGAAGGUUCCAGUCGAUCGUCCCUACCCGGUGUACAAGGAGGUCAAGUUCACCGUCACCAAGGAGGUGCCCGUCCCGGUCAAGGAGAAGGUGUACGUCCCGGUGCAUGUUGAGCACAAGGCUCAGCACCAGCAGCAGCAGCAGCAACAGCACCACGCUCACCACGAGCCCCAGUACCUGCAGACCGAGGUCCAGGAGCAGGCCGUUGAGCCGGAACAGCAGCACUACCAGCAGGAAGAGGGCCAGCAGCAACAACACCAGCAGUACCAGGAGCACUACGGCCAGCAAUAGAUAGAACCCAAUUUAGGUUAAAAAUCUCCAAAGAAGUAUGCUUCCCCAAAUGACCUGGACCUGGCCUUGCUGAUGUUCAGCACUGGCGCUGUUUGUGAUAACGGUGGAUAUUGAUAGCAAAAACAAAAACAUAGUAUUAAAGUCCCGUUUUUGCCCAGAGACGAUGACGGCGACACACGCUCGAGGACUGAAUACUCGAAAAUGCUGAAGCUUUAAGGAAGAUCCACUUCGCCACACUCAACCACAAGCACCACCAGGUCAAACAACACCUCCUAACCCCCAACCCUCCACUCGUUGAAGUUAGUUACGAAAGAUGUUCUUAAAGUUCAGCUUUUUCUAGUCGAAUAAAAAAGUCAAUUUUUGUUACGUUUGUAGAAAGAAAAAAGCUUUUGUGCGCGAGUUGUUUUUUUAGUAUAAUGUAAUUUGAUUGAAAUACACUGAUUUGUGAAAA